AUGGGGUCUGCUCUCGACUCGUUCAUCUCUUAUCUGCGCAUACCACUACUAGCAUCAUCGGGAAUUGCAGCUGUUCUCAGUUGUGCUCUCUACUUCAAGCAAAACGAAAUCAUCUAUCCUAGGCAUUUCCCGCCGGAUGCUCGCACCAAUGUCCCCCGACCCUCGCAAUUCGGGAUAACUGACUAUGAGGAGCUCAUGAUACCGACCGCGGAUGGCGAAUCGCUGAGCGCCUUCUACCUCCGAGCGAACAAGCAGCACGCGCGCAAUGUCACCAUUCUUAUGUUUCAUGGCAACGCCGGUAACAUAGGGCAUCGGCUACCAAUAGCCAAAGUACUGGUGGAUGACAUUGGGUGCAACGUUCUUCUGUUGCAAUAUCGCGGAUACGGACACUCGACAGGCUCGCCGAACGAGAAGGGCAUUAUGAUAGAUGCACAGACCGGCCUCGAUUACGUUAGAGGAAGGUCGGAGCUACGAGGGAGCCGCAUCGUUCUGUACGGGCAGAGCCUUGGAGGGGCAGUGGCGAUUGCGCUCGCGGCCCGGAACCUGAAACAUGGCGACAUAUCUGGCAUCAUCUUGGAAAACACCUUCACAUCCAUGCGGAAGCUCAUUCCUUCAGCGCUCCCUCCGGCUCGAUUCCUCGCACCCCUCUGCCACGAGAUCUGGCCAUCAGAAGAGAUACUACCUCGCAUCACUGGCAUUCCCAUGCUCUUCCUCAGUGGCCUCCAGGAUGAGAUCGUACCGGCUUCACACAUGGCUCAACUCUUCAAGCUAUGCCGGUCGCAGCCAAAGAUUUUGAGAGAGUUCCCUAAUGGUACGCAUAACGACACCGUUGCCGAGCCAGGGUAUUUUGUCUACAUUGACUCGUUCAUUGCCGAGCAUGUGGCGCGCUGA